AUGUUGGGCAUAAUUUUUAUCCUUUAUUUUGUGAUCAUAAUAAACUCUUUUAACUUUUAAGUACAUUAUAUAUAUUCUGUAUUUAAAAUGAGAAACACCUAAAAAUUAAAAAUUCUUAAUUUUAUUCUAUAAGUCUUGUUAAUGCUAGUUUUGAUUUAUAAAUAAAACUCCCAAAUACUAAAAUUAAUAUUUUUCCUUUUGAUUAGUAUAUUUCAGAUAAUAUUUAUACAUUCUAAAGUCAAAUAUUAUUGUUUAAAUGGUUGUGGAAAUAUCUGUUAAGCUUAAAUUAUUUUGCCAUUGAUUUUCAUUUUUAUUGUUAUUAGAAGAAUUUAAAAGUAAUUUUAACUUAUUCAAGUGUAUUUUAAGUUCAUUUUUAUAUAUUUAGGAGUUCAAUUAGUAUUUUAAUGA